GCUGCUCUUGCUUUUCCUGGGGCCGCCGCUGCCUGUCCCGGCUGCUGUUUCUGCUCCCGCCGCGCCGCCGCCUCCGUCCCUCCGAGGCGCCUAAAGUUUCUUCUCCCCAGCGGAGCCGCCGGGGACUCGGCCGCGGUGGGGAGCCUCGCCGCGCGCGGCAGGGCGCCCUCGCCGUCCUCCGCCGGGCCGUGUGGCCAGCGGCGCCCUCUCCUCUCCGGAGCCCGCCGCGCGCCUUCGUCCAGCAUGUUGGCCCGGCCUCCGGCCCCCGCCGCCUGGAGCCGGCCGCUCCUUUGGCUGCUUCUCGCCGCAGCUGCCGCCGCCUCGUCGCCGGCUGAGCCCCGCUCGCGAAGUUGUUCCGAAGUUAAGAAGCUCUACGUGGCCAAAGGUUUCAGCCAGAGCGAGGCGCCCAGCCACGAAAUCAACGGUGAUCACUUGAAAGUCUGCCCUCGAGGCUACACAUGCUGCUCUCGAGAGAUGGAAGAGAAAUACAGCCAGCAGAGCAAACAGGACUUCCGAAAUGCUGUGGUGGAACUUAGUAAUAACUUGCAAGCAACUUUCAGUUCCCGAUACAAAAAGUUUGAUGAAUUCUUCAGAGAGCUUCUCGAGAAUGCCGAGAAAUCCUUGAACGACAUGUUUGUAAGGACUUACGGCCUCCUGUACAUGCAGAAUUCGGAAAUGUUUAAGGACCUCUUUGUGGAGCUGAAGCGCUACUACACGGGCGGCAGCGUCAACCUGGAAGAGAUGCUCAAUGACUUCUGGGCCCGGCUGCUGGAGCGCAUGUUCCGCCUGGUCAACCCCCAGUACCACUUCUCGGACGAGUACCUGGAGUGUGUCAGCAAGUACACUGAGCAGCUCAAGCCCUUCGGGGACGUGCCCCGCAAGCUGAAGCUCCAGGUGACGCGGGCGUUCGUGGCGGCACGCACCUUUGCACAAGGCCUGGCUGUGGCGAGGGACGUGGUCGGCAAGGUGUCUGUGGUCACCCCCACACCUCAGGGGGUCCAAGCCUUGCUGAAGAUGAUGUACUGUGCGUACUGCCAAGGCCUCGUUGCUGUCAAGCCGUGUUACAACUACUGUUUUAAUGUCAUGAGGGGCUGCCUCGCCAACCAAGGCGAGCUGGACACGGAGUGGAACAACUUCAUCGAUUCCAUGCUCAUGGUGGCAGAGAGGCUGGAGGGCCCUUUCAACAUUGAAUCCGUCAUGGACCCGAUUGAUGUGAAGAUCUCUGAUGCCAUAAUGAACAUGCAGGAGAACAGCAUGCAGGUCUCCCAAAAGGUUUUCCAAGGGUGUGGGCAGCCCAAGACACUUGCGCAGAGCCGGACGUCUCGCUCCAUCUCAGAAAGCAGCUUCAGUGCCCGUUUCAGACCCUACAACCCAGAGGAGAGGCCGACCACAGCAGCUGGCACCAGCUUAGAUAGACUGGUGACAGAUGUGAAGGAAAAGCUGAAGCAAGCCAAGAAAUUCUGGUCCUCCCUUCCCAGCAAUAUCUGUAGCAAUGAGAAGAUGGCUGCUGACAGCAUCAAUGAAGAAGAGUGCUGGAAUGGAAGUGACAAAAGCAGGUAUGUCUACGCAGUGACAGCGAACGGCUUAGCCAACCAGGCGACCAAUCCUGAAGUGCAAGUUGACACCUUGAAGCCAGACAUGGUGAUUCGCCGGCAAAUCAUGGCUCUCCGUGUGAUGACCAAUAAGAUGAAGAAUGCCUACAAUGGCAAUGACGUUGACUUCAUUGAUCUAAGUGAUGAAAGUAGUGGAGAAGGCAGCGGAAGUGGGUGUGACUUGCAGCAGUGCUCCCCCGAAUUCGUGUUCAACGCAACAGAAGUCAAUCAGAACACCAACAAAAUGAACAAAAAUGCCAGCCCCGGCAAUGCCUCCCCUAGGGUGGCCUCCUUAGAAGCACCUCUCCUCGCCAGCGCCCUCUUUUUCCUGGCUGUGCAGAGACAGUGGAGAUAACUGUGCCAACUCCUUUCUUUCUUUUACUUUUUGAGGGUGGGAAAUGACUGCUAUUAAAAUGAAACAGGCACCCGAAUAGGCACCCGAUUUCACUUUUGUACCAUCUAGUGACUUUGGGGGGGGCAGGGAGGAGGGGGUGUGAGAUUUGUAAGUUAAUGGACAGCAGUGUACAGUUUUUACUAUGUUGCCGCUGGGUUUCAUGAGUUUUUCCAAUCUCUUUCUCUCUCUCUCUCUCCCCCCCUCCCUCUCUCUCAAUUUUUGGGAAGGAGAAGAUGAAUGUGAGGAUUUGGACCAGUUAGUCUGACCUGUUGACUGAGAAACCACAAUAGAUGUGGUGAACUAAGUUGUAUAUACAGGCCUGUAGGUAGCAUUGCUUUUGUGUUGUUUUUAAAUAGCCCAAUUCUCUCUUGCCUCGCCACAACCCCUUCCCAUUUUAUUUUAUUUUAGCCUGCUCCCUGCAAAACAAAUGGCUGAACCAGAGUCCUAUCUUGGCAUGUAUCAAGGAUGAUCUCUCUCCCCUCCCUC